AUGCAGCAUCAACCACAGCACUUCGCCGCUCAGCCGGCCUACAUGAAUGGCCACAUCAAGUCUGAGAACGGCUCUGAGCGUGGCGUCUCACCGCACCCAUCCGACUCGUCGCGCUACUCGUCACAACAACCACAGCAGCCACUCCCGUCAUACCCUCCCAUCCCCGCCCAGCACAUGAACGGCAUGCGCUAUCCUUCGCCCACGCCCAUGCAGCAAGCACCGAUGCAGAUGCUCAACAAUAACAGCUAUAUCCCUAAUCCACAGGACCACGCGUAUGCUCAGCAGCAGGUUCCAGACCAGCAGGCACAGCAUGCUGGUGGCCGUCCUGCCAACGAGAACGGCCCGCCAAAGGCAUUCGCGUGCUCCACGUGUGGUAAGGGUUUCGCGCGACGCAGUGACCUUGCACGUCACGAACGUAUCCACAGCGGCAUCCGUCCCCAUGUGUGCGAGUACCCCAAUUGCGGCAAGCAGUUCAUCCAGCGCUCGGCACUGACGGUCCAUCAACGUGUCCACACGGGCGAGAAGCCCCAUAUGUGUGAGCGUUGCGGCAAGCCCUUCAGUGACUCUAGUUCACUCGCUCGCCACCGUCGUAUCCACUCUGGCAAGCGCCCGUACAAAUGCCCCUACGCGGACUGCCAGAAGACGUUCACGCGUCGCACUACCCUGACUCGCCAUCAAAACCACCACACAGGCACUGUCGAAGAAGCUGCUGCUGCUACGGCGGCAGCUCUCGCUUCGCGCGCAUCUGCCCCGAGCAGGUCGGCUCGCUCUGAUGCAGAGGAGUACUCUGAGACCGCGUCGCCUUUGAACACGCCGUCACCCAACGACCGUCUCACGUCUAUGUCUCCUGCCGGCGGCAUGCCUGCCGGUGUCGUGCCGGGAAUGCACCGCCAACAACCGGAAUACGCGUACAUGGGUAACAUGAACGUUCCCCCACAUCUUAGAAACGAGAUGCCUCAACCUAGCCCGCGUGCAUCUCCCGCCCUGACAUCACAAUCGUACACCUCGACUGCGAGCGGCUCGCGUCCAACCAUCACCUCGCACCCGAGCGGCUAUGGCCCGCCUCCGAUCCUAGAGCCACCGGCAUCUGCCAACCACAACCAGUCUGGGACCAACAGCGCGAGUGGAAGCCCGCACAUGACUGCGGUCGGCUGGCAGUCGCCUUCUCACCAGGCGUUGCCAUCCCCAGGAGCUGGUGACAACAGUUAUGUCUACCCAGAGCCCCAGUAUGCCAACCCGCCCCACAACAUGUACUACCAGAACAACAACAUCCGUCGCCCGAACAGCACCGAGCCGGACCACUACAGCACAAACCAGGGGCAGCAGAUGUGGGCCCCCGCGGUGCAAUAA